AUGCUGCCAAACGAAAUUCGUCAGCUUAUUGAGCGUUACGUUAAAACAACACGCGCCAAGACUCACAAUCAAUACUCUCUGGAUGUUCUCGACGUUUCCUUUAUUGACAAGAAGUCGACAUUCACCGACAUCGGCAACAGGCAGCUCUUAUGGCAUGGCUCUAGGCUGACCAAUUGGGUUGGCAUUCUGAGUGAAGGUCUCAAGAUUGCACCCCCAGAAGCACCAGUCACAGGCUACAUGUUUGGAAAAGGUGUCUAUUUUGCUGAUAUCUGUUCGAAGAGUGCGAACUAUUGUUUUGCUACUCACUCGAAAAACGUCGGUCUUCUUCUACUUUGUGAUGUAUCAUUGGGGACAACGAAUGAUUUGUUAGCUGCAGAUUAUGAUGCAGAUCAGCUGCCGCGUGGAAAGCAGAGUGUUAUGGGGAAAGGAAGGAUUGCACCUGAUCCAGGGAAUAUACACACAAUAUCAAGAUGCGUUAUCUGGUGAAGCUGAGAUUCAAUUUCCAAUAGCUAUCAGCAGUUAAAUACAAAACAACUAAACUUUUGUCUUUACUGUAUCUUCUAUAUACACUAUUUGUACAAUAACUUCCAUGAUAAUGAGUGUUCAUCUUGUAAGAAGAGGCUGAGGUUUGUGUGUCUGUCCUUCACUCGUGGUAUGAUAUCAUGCAGUACAAGUCGACAUAAAUGAACAUAUUGGUGGCUGCUUGACAUCCUGCGACAUCCAGUCAAUGAUGAAAUGUCAGAGAUGAUCAAGUUGAAGUGAACCUAGAGACACAAUCAACGUCUCAUUGGUGUGUAUUUGAUAUACUGAAUAAUAUGUGAGUCAAGAGACACUUAAGUGGUCGAUUUAUGUUCUUACUAUCUUGUGACUGUUUGUGCUCAGUUGUAUGUCUCUGUUUUUUAUGUGUCUGUCUAUUUGUGUUGCUCUACAGUUGUUUCUUUCCACUCAUACUCAUGCAUACACAUUUGAGCUGAACAGAUGCACCAACAGUAUGUCA